AUGAGGAGUGGGGACAGAGGCUGGCAUGUGAGGCAAGGGAGAGAGGCGCGGAAUUACGGGACGCCGCUGCCAGGACUGCAAUGGGAGGAGGGGUGUGUCCCCUACUUCGGAGGGGCGCUCGGGCUCUGUGGAGACAGCGCUAUGCGGGAGGCGGGCCCGGAGCGCCCUCGCUCGGCGGGCACAGCAGCGCUGCGCGGGAGCCAGUCAGCCCGAGGGGAGGGAAACCGGCCAGGGCCUGGGGCCUGGGAGCGCACGCCCCCCGCCCACCUCUACCCGGACCGACCGGACCUGCGGAGCGUGGGGGCAGGGGCGCACCCCGCAACCAAGUGCCCGGGACAGUCCCUCCGCCCGCUGGCCCGAAGGGGCCCGCUGCCUCCCGCCAUCGGAGACCGCCGGAGCCCGCAACAGGGGGCAGCAUGGAGGAUCCCCCCAGUCAUGGGAGAUGAUUCAGAGCUAAUUUUGAGGCUCGGCAGGGGUCCUGACCCAUAUAUUCCUUUGGUCCUAGGGGAGCCCUCCCAGCCUCCCAACAGCAGUUGGCCCCUAAGUCAGAAUGGAACUAACGCUGAGGCCACUCCGGCUGCAAACUUCACCUUCUCCUCCUACUACCAGCACACCUCCCCUGUGGCGGCCAUGUUCAUUGUGGCCUAUGUGCUCAUCUUCCUGCUCUGCAUGGUGGGCAACACCCUGGUCUGUUUCAUCGUGCUCAAGAACCGGCACAUGCGUACUGUCACCAACAUGUUUAUCCUCAACCUGGCCGUCAGUGACCUGCUGGUGGGCAUCUUCUGCAUGCCCACCACUCUUGUGGACAACCUCAUCACUGGGUGGCCCUUUGACAAUGCCACAUGCAAGAUGAGCGGCUUGGUGCAGGGCAUGUCUGUGUCAGCUUCCAUUUUCACGCUGGUGGCCAUUGCUGUGGAAAGGUUCCGCUGCAUCGUGUAUCCUUUCCGCGAGAAGCUGACCCUACGGAAGGCGCUGGUCACCAUCGCCGUCAUCUGGGCCCUGGCACUGCUCAUCAUGUGUCCCUCGGCCGUCACGCUGACCGUCACCCGUGAGGAGCACCACUUCAUGGUGGACGCUCGCAACCGCUCCUACCCGCUCUACUCGUGCUGGGAGGCCUGGCCCGAGAAGGGCAUGCGCAAGGUCUACACCACUGUGCUCUUCUCGCACAUCUACCUGGCGCCGCUGGCGCUCAUCGUGGUCAUGUACGCCCGCAUUGCUCGCAAGCUCUGCCAGGCCCCGGGCCCGGCCCGCGGUGGGGAGGAGGCGGCGGACGGGCGGGCUGCGCGGCGCAGGGCGCGCGUGGUGCACAUGCUGGUCAUGGUGGCGCUCUUCUUCACACUGUCCUGGCUGCCGCUCUGGGCACUGUUGCUGCUCAUCGACUACGGGCAGCUCAGCGCGCCGCAGCUGCACCUGGUCACCGUCUACGCCUUCCCCUUCGCGCACUGGCUGGCCUUCUUCAACAGCAGCGCCAACCCCAUUAUCUACGGCUACUUCAACGAGAACUUCCGCCGCGGCUUCCAGGCCGCCUUCCGCGCGCGCCUCUGCCAGCGCCCGUGGGGGAGCCACAAGGAGGCCUACUCCGAGCGGCCCGGCGGGCUUCUGCACAGGCGGGUCUUCGUGGCGGUGCGGCCCAGCGACUCCGGUCUGCCCUCUGAGUCGGGCCCUAGCAGUGGGGCCCCCAGGCCCGGCCGCCUCCCGCUGCGGAAUGAGCGGGUGGCCCACCACGGCUUGCCCAGGGAAGGGCCUGGCUGCUCCCACCUGCCCCUCACCAAUCCAGCCUGGGAUAUCUGA